AGAGGGAGAGAGCAUCGGAGCUGCUGCUGGUUUCAACCUCUUUCAUCAAUUAUCAGUCAUCAUCAUCUGAUGCGAUUGCUGUCAAUAACCUACAGAUCCACAGGGGACUGUCCGAUCAGCAGCUGGAAGCUCCUGCGACUGACAUCUUUUUGCUGGGCACGCCUGUUCCCUCAGAGAUGAACUUUCUGCAUCUCCCGAGCAUGCUCACUGUGAUCAUCCUUUCCCUGUGGGAGAAGUCCAGCUGCGGGGCAAUGACGCUGAACUCCGUGGCCCUCCCUCAGGUGUCAAGAAGAGCACGAGGAGGGGGAGCGGGUGUCUACUCCACCCAGAGCAGGCAGAGGAGGAGCUGGGUGUGGAACCAGUUCUUCGUCCUGGAGGAGUACACCGGAGACGAGCCGCUCUACAUCGGAAAGCUCCACUCUGACCUGGAUAAAGGUGACGGACAGGUGAGGUACGUCCUGAGCGGCGAAGGAGCGAUGUCCAUCUUCUCCAUUGAUGAGGACACCGGAGACAUACACACCACCAAAAGGUUGGAUCGGGAACAGCAGGCGUACUACACACUGAAAGCUCAGGCUCGAGACCGGAAUACCAACCUGCCGCUCGAACCUGAGUCCCAGUUCAUCAUCAAGGUCCAGGACAUCAACGACAACGAGCCCAAGUUCCUGGACGGACCGUAUGUGGCCCGGGUGGCUGAGAGGUCACCUGUAGGUACGUCUGUGGUGACCGUGGUGGCAACAGACGUCGAUGAUCCAACCUAUGGAAACUCCGCCCACCUGGUUUACAGCAUCCUGCAGGGGCAACCAUAUUUCUCUGUGGAGCCAAAGUCAGGUGUGGUGCGGACAGCCCUGCCUGACAUGGACCGGGAGCUGCGGGACCAUUACCUGCUGGUCAUCCAGGCCAAAGACAUGAUUGGUCAGAUGGGAGGUCUGUCAGGAACCACAACGGUCACCGUGAUGCUGACUGAUGUGUCAAUCAAGGCACCCACCCGCCUCAUAGUGAAGAGUUACCAGUUCAGCGUCCCAGAAUCCACAGUGGUGUCAUCGGUGGUCGCGAAAAUCAAAGCUCUGGAUGCGGACGCUGGUCCAAACGCUGAGAUGGACUACAGGAUCCUGGACGGGGAUGGACUGGGAACCUUCAGGAUGCUCACAGACCCCCACACACAGGAAGGACUGGUCAUCCUGAUCAAGACUCUGGACUUUGAGACCAAGACCAGGUACACUUUACGCGUCGAGGCGUCCAAUCGCUACAUGGACACCCGCUUCCUGUCAGCUGGGCCAUUCAGCGACGUGGCGACAGUUCGGCUGCAGGUGGAGGACGUGAACGAGCCUCCGUGUUUUUCCCCCCGCGUCAGCCAGAUGGCGGUUUCAGAGGCAGCGCCGGUGGGAACUGAGGUGGGAUCGGUUUUAGCUCACGACCCUGACGCCUUGAAUUGUCCCAUCAGGUACGCCAUCGACCGGAAGUCGGAUGUGGAGAAUUACUUCGACAUUGACAGACAAUCAGGCGUGAUCCGGACGAGCAGACGUCUGGACAGAGAGCUCAGCGCUCUGCACAACAUCACCGUGCUCGCCACAGAGAGCUUGGAUCACUCUCAGGUAGGCAAAGCCGUGGUUCUGGUCUCUGUGACAGACGUCAAUGACAACGCUCCAAGCUUUCCCGUCGAGUACCAGACAUUCAUCUGUGAGAACGCCCAGCCGGGACAGAUCAUUGAGACGCUGAGCGCUGUGGAUUUGGAUGAACCCAAGAAUGGACAUCACUUCCUGUUUUCUUUGGCUGCCAAGGCUGCCUGGAACCUCAGCUUCAUCCUGAGAGACAACAACGACAACACUGCGUCUGUCCUGACACGGCGGGCCGGGUUCCUGCAGCGGGAGCGGCCGCUUUAUUUCCUGCCAGUGGUGAUCUCAGACCGCGGGACUCCGCCUCUCAGCAGUACCAGCACGCUGACCGUCAGCGUAUGCAAGUGCGAUCUCCAUGGAAACCGCCGGAGCUGCAUCCAGGAGAUGUCACCGCUGCGCUAA